AGCAGGUGUUGCAAGGGCCCGUCGUGUUCCAUGCUCUCCAUUCUCCACGCCCGUCUUGCAACAUCCAGGCAUGCCAUUGCGACACGCGCGCUGCAGCUCCAUUCACGGUGUCUGCUGCUCGCCAAUCCAACCGCAAACUCCAAUUGCCCGGCGCCAUGGAUAGCACGCUGGACAAGACGACUCUGUCUACCGUCUCGCUACUUGAAUCUCGUCUGCUGCGCAUCGAGCACCUCGUGUACGGAUCGACGGCCUCCCAUCCCCCGCAUACCCCUCAUGAACCCGCCGCACGAAGAUUAGACGAGCUGGAGAGGCGCUUCUCCACGCUGGCUUCUCGCGUACGAGUAUACGGCGAGCUGCUUAGGAUCUACAAGACGCAUCCGGAUUUCUUUCACGCACCUGCCCCCUCCGUGCCUCCGUCACAGCUCUCCAUCAACGCGAUUCGAUCCAUAGUCCUCGCUUCUGCAUCUUCGUUCCCCGCGAUACUCUCGUCUCUGACGGCGGUCAAGGACAGCCCGAUUCCAGACCCCUCAGAGAGCGCGUCGCUGAUCUCCAAGGCGGAGCGCAUGAAGGCCAUCGAGGCGACGCAACUGGCGCAAGCUACGGAGAUCUCAGAGCUACGCCGACGGAGCGAGGCCGUCUUGCGAUCCUGGUACGAAGGCAACGUGCUCGCCAACUCACAGACUAUGGCCGAUGUGGAGAGCCGCGUCGAGAAGGUCGAACGCCUGGUUAGGAGGAGGGAGCGGAAAAUAGAAGAGGAGAAGCAGCAGCUAUGAGCGCUGCAUUUGGCUCACGGCGAUGCCCCAAUGAUUGUUCAUGACACGUCGGAUGUCCUGUCAUGAGGCUGGAAGCGCUGGAAUCGUAUUUUAAUGGUCUUCGGGGCACUUUGCCGCCUGCUCUUACUUGCCCAGAGACACUAUGAUACCCAUUUGCUAUCGAAAUGGUAAACUCUUCAAUCUAUUUCAUUAUUCACA